AUGGUUGCCCAUCAGGAAGUGAACUGGUCUUCAAUAGUGAAAGUUCACCAGAAAAGGCCCUUUGGACUGUUCCUCCCCAGGGUACAGGGCUCAGACCCACGCAGCAGCAGCUCUUCCGUGAAGAAGGAAGCAAUCGGAGAGUCAGCAAUGAAUGUGGAACAUGAAGUUAACCUCCUGGUGGAGGAAAUUAAUCGCCUGGGUUCCAAAAAUGCUGAUGGAAAAUUAAGUGUGAAGUUUGGGGUCCUCUUCCAGAAUGACAGAUGUGCCAAUCUCUUUGAAGCAUUGGUAGGAACUCUGAAAGCUGCAAAACGAAGGAAGAUUGUUACAUACACAGGGGAACUACUUUUGCAAGGUGUUCAUGAUGAUGUUGACAUUGUAUUGCUGCAAGAUUAAUGUGGUUUGCAUGGCUUGGUGUAUCUGAUAAACUGGAAUAAUUAAGUUAAAAGAC